GCACACGGAGAAUAUCCGCGAGAAUUGAGAGUUCGGCAUUUCAUCAGAGCUGCAGCCCAGCACCAGUGGAAAAUUUAUCUAAUAAUCUCUCAUCUUUGGCGACAAACAAAUCAUGGCUUUUUUCAUAGCCUUCAACAGGUCAAGAGUUGGCAGUGGCGCCUCCGUCGUUAUGAAGGCAAUCCUCGGUGAUGGUGGGAGUGGUGUCUUUUCCAGGUCCAAGGCCACCCUCUCCGUCGGCAACAAUUAUCAACUCUUUCUUCGUCUGGGAGGAGGAGGAAGAGCUUUAUCUCACAUUCGAUUAACCAGUGGGCGACAAAUUCAGCGUGACUUGACUCGAAGGCGGUUCCUCUCAACGUCUCGUGCUCUCGAGGCCGAAAAACAAGUCUACCAGAGAGACAAACCUCACUGUAAUGUGGGCACGAUAGGUCACGUGGAUCAUGGCAAGACUACCCUCACAGCGGCCAUCACAAGGGUUCUCUCCGAAUCCAACAAAUCUGUGAAGGUGAAGAAAUACGAUGAAAUUGACAAUGCUCCUGAAGAGAAGCAACGAGGCAUUACGAUCAACGUGGCUCACAUCGAAUACGCCACGGAGGCGAGGCACUAUUCACACACGGAUUGUCCCGGACAUGCCGAUUAUAUUAAGAACAUGAUCACCGGCACGGCCCAAAUGGACGGGGCGAUCCUAGUCGUUGCAGCGACUGAUGGAGUCAUGCCCCAAACCAGGGAACAUCUCCUCCUCUCAAAACAGAUUGGAAUUGAACACAUUGUCGUCUUUAUUAACAAGGUUGAUGCCGCCGAUGCUGAAAUGGUUGACCUAGUGGAGAUGGAGAUUCGCGAACUAAUGUCCGAAAUGAAAUUUGAUGGCGACAAAGUCCCAGUGAUUAAAGGAUCCGCCUUGUGCGCCCUGGAAGGGAAGAAUCCAGAAAUUGGGGCCAAUGCUGUCAAAGAACUCUUAAGCGCCGUGGAUUCCUUCAUCCCAACGCCCGUUCGUGAUUUGGAUAAGCCUUUCUUACUUCCCAUUGAGAACGUGUACAGCAUUGCGGGGAGAGGAACGGUCUGCACGGGACGAUUAGAGAGGGGUGUGCUUAAAAAGGGAAUGGAAUGCGAAGUGUUGGGCUAUUCUAAAAGCCUCAAAACUACUGUCACAGGAAUUGAAAUGUUUCAUAAAAUAUUGGAAGAAGCGCAAGCAGGUGACCAACUUGGUGCCCUGAUUCGUGGCAUUAAACGGGAUGAAAUUCGAAGAGGAAUGGUCAUUUGCAAACCGGGCACGAUGAAGACAUAUGACAAUAUUGAAGCUCAGGUUUAUGUGCUAAGUAAAGAAGAAGGUGGUCGAUCUCGUCCCUUCACAUCUCUCAUCCAACUACAAAUGUUUUCCAGAACUUGGGAUGCUGCCGUUCAAGUUAUCAUCCAAGGAAAAGAUAUGAUCAUGCCGGGAGAAGAUGCCAAAUUGCAGCUGAAACUUAUUCGCCCCAUGGUGUUGGAGAAGGGUCAGCGGUUCACGCUUCGCGACGGAUUUACCACCUUGGGGACAGGAGUCAUCACCGGCAUGAUGAAAAGCAUGACUGAGGCCGAACGUCAACUCAUGAUCGAGGGGAGGAAAGGAUUGGAAAAGAAGGCAAAGAAAGAGGCUGCCACUACCAAGUCAUAAAAUAAAUCAGAGAGAAGAGUAAAAUAGUGCGAAUCAUUUCCUAGUUUUGUUGAUGUUUUGAUUGUUUUCAUGCUCUAAAUAUUUACUUUAUUUCUAAGUUUCGUCUUUACAUACCAAGUACUUGUGCGAAUGAGUCGAUUAUGAUAAUGAUGAUGAGCAAAUACAUAAGAUAUAUAUAGAAAGUUAUGCAUUAUCUUCAUUUUACUGCUAAAACCUAUGCUAGUUAUCAACAAGUCAGUGACAUGUCUAAUACUUCUUAUCCACCAUAUAUAUUCGAUAUAUAGAAAGAUAAACCAUGAUGCUGAGUGUCACUUGGAACAAAUAUUAGUAAAAUAUUAUUAAUUAAAAUAAAUCCAGUAGUAUUUAUACCCAGAAAGUUAAUUA